ACCCCCGUCACCACGAGCGUCGGUUCCCCGCGGCAGGUGAGCGGCCGCCACCCCCCCGCGGUCCGGGUGGGAGUGGUACGGUCCACAGUCCGCGUCGGGCGGUUGCUGAGGCUCCCCAGUCGAGAAGAAACCGUCAGAGAGCCCACUAGCGCCGACGACAUGUCCCCCUCCCGGCUCUGGAAGACCCCUCAGCGGCAGGGCAGGCUCGCCGUCCUCCACCUGCUCCUCUACUGCAUCUCGGCGCGGGCCCGGGCCAGCCAGGUGCUGGUGCCCCAGAAGGUGAACGCGGUGCUUGGGAAGAACGUGACGCUGGAGUGCCAGGUGGAGGUGGGCACCAACCUCAGCCUGACCCAGAGCUCCUGGGAGCGCCGCCUGCCCACGGGCGCCGUCACCGUGGCCGUCUACAACCCCCUGUUCGGCAUCUCGGUGCCCCCGGAGUACGCGGGGCGCCUGACCUUCCGCUCGCCGUCGUCCCACGACGCCACCAUCCUGCUGAGCGACGUGGGCUUCUCCGACAUGGGCGUGUACACCUGCAAGGUGGCCACCUUCCCCCUGGGCAACACGCAGGCCGCCACCACCGUCAACGUGCUGGUGGAGCCUAAGGUCUCCCUCUCGGCGGGCCCGGGGCCCCUGGUGGACGGGGGCAACGAGACGGUGGUGGCCACCUGCACGGCCGAGCGGGCGCGGCCCCCCGCCGAGGUGUCCUGGGAGUCGGCGCUGUUCGGCCAAUCAGACGUGCAGCUGUGGGACGAGCCCAACGGGACCACCAGCACCCGGGUCCGCUACCUCUGGCAGCCCACCCGCCACACGCAGAGCCACGGCCUCACCUGCGUGGUGCGGCACCCCGCACUGCCCGCGGACCACCGCAUCCCCUACCAGCUCAACGUGCUCUACGCCCCGGACAUCUCGGUGGUGGGCUACGACGGGGACUGGUACGUCGGCCGCGAGAACGUCCAGCUGACCUGCCGCGCCAACGCCAACCCCCCCGCUCACCACUUCAGAUGGAUCAGGCUGGACAGCGACGUGUGGCCGGACGGGGUGGAGCGCCUCAACAACACGCUGCUCUUCCUGCGCCCCCUGCAGCGCAACGACUCGGGCGUGUACCGCUGCGAGGUGGCCAACAGCAUCGACCUGCGCAGCCGCGACCUGCGCAUCCUCAUACAGGUUCCUCCCUCCCUCUCCUCCACCGCCCCCCCCCCCGCCCGGGGCUCGUCCUCCAGCUCUCUGGACACGCGGCAGCGCGUCCUCUUCACCUCCCCCACCCUGGAGGCCCUCCCGGCGGGCCGCCUGGGCGCCGCGGUGGGCGGGGCCGUGGGCGGGGCUCUGUUCCUGCUGCUGGUGCUCUCGGUGGGCGGCGUGUGCUACCUGCGCCGCCGCCACGGCAACGGCCCCGGGGGCAGCGCCUACGGCAAGCCCUACCCGGGGGGCUCCGCCGCCGCCUCGGCCCUCCACGAGCUGCGGCCCGCCACGAAGUCCCCCCGGGGGGGCCGCGACCGGGACCGCGAGGAGUGGGGGGGCGAGCGGGAGCAGCAGAGCCGCCGUCACCGCGGCGACCAGAACGGCGACGGCCGCUACGCCAAGGGCUACACCCGCGCCAUGAGGGAGAGCGCCGCCCAGGGCCCCGAGGGGCCCCGCCCCCCGGCGGGCGGCAGCCCUCGCCACGGCGACCGCUCCGCCCGCUGCCCCCCUCCCCCGCCCGCCAAGCCGCUGGGCAACGGCUCCCCCUACUGGACGGCGGACGGCUACGACAGCGGGCCGGAGGACGAGUACGUCUCCCACCGGGACGGCUCCGUCAUCUCCCGGCGGGAGUGGUACGUCUGACCACGCCCCCCCCCCCCCCCACGGGACAGCCAAUCAGAGACUCCGCCCGGACAGAGAGAGUAUAGUUUGGGUUUGUCUGGUUUUUCGUUUUUUUUUUCUUGGGUUGAGGGAAGCCCCGACGCGCGUCGUCUCGUCAUGUGGACCCGGAGGGUCCCGGGACAGGGGGGGGUGGGGGAUCCAGCGCUCCAAAGGACAAGGGGACACGGGUGGACAGACGGACAGAGGGACAGACGGGACAGAGGCUCCCUGAGAGGCAGCAGAGCAGCCUGGCUCAGACGAUGCCCCUGUGAUGGUCGGGGCGGCCGCCGCGUCCCGCGGAGAACACACACCCCAGGGUGCGGGCCGAUGAUGCGUUCAUCAGACUCCUCCAAUGGCAGUGCAGCGUUUCCGUCUCCCAGUCUGGUAGCAGUGGAACUGUCGGUUUAUCCGGGGGGGGGGG